AUGGCUUCCUCUUCGCCCGCAAUUCUUCCUAUUUCCAAUCCCCAACCCGCCGCCGGUGCCACCGCCACGGCCGGAUCCACAGAUUCCACUCUGACUGCCCAAGGUCCCCCACCCGCCUUCCGCGCAUUCAUCAACCAGAUCAGCGACACCGUCCGCAACGGCAUCGCAGCCCGACGUCCCUGGUCGGAGCUCCUCGACCGAUCCGCAUUCAACAAGCCGGAAUCUCUCUCCGAAGCUACACAACGCAUCCGCAAGAACUACGCUUACUUCCGUGUCAACUACAUCGCCAUCAUCACCGUCGUCCUCGCCAUUUCCCUCCUCACCAACCCGCUCUCCCUCAUCCUCCUCGCGGGACUCCUGGCCGCCUGGCUCUUCCUCUAUUUCUUCCGUAACCCCUCCGACGGCCCGCUCACGAUUUUUGGCCGACAGUUCUCCGAUCUUGAGACCAUCGCCCUUCUCGUGGUCUCCACCAUCUUCGUCGUCUUCCUCACCAGCGUCGGAUCGGUUCUCGUUUCGGCCCUCAUGGUGGGCCUUGCUAUCGUGGCUGUUCACGGUGCUUUCAGGGUUCCCGAGGAUCUGUUUCUCGAUGAGCAAGAAUCGCCUGCAACCGGGUUCCUCUCUUUCUUGACCGGCCCUGCCCCCUCCGCCGCUGUUCCCGUCGCUAGGGUUUGA